AAACAUAAUCAAUCUUUCUGUAUCCUAAAACCCCAAACCCAAUUCAUUUUUUUUCUGACAAAUUCACCAAUAAUGUUCAAGUUUCUGGGGUUGUGUUCUAAUUCCUGGUUAAAGAUCGAUUUUUUUUGCUAAACUCAAAAAAACCUACAUACGCACAAUCUAUUUCUCCUUGAGUUUCUCUGCAAUUCACCAAAAUAGUCAAACAUAGAGGUUGCUCAUAGUGGUAAAAUGGCGUCAGAGAAUAUGGGUUUAAUUCCAACUCCUCGUAGAAUGGAAAACAAUUUGAAUUCGCAGCUCCUUUUCCAAAACAAUAACACCCCUCUAAGGUUUGGCCGGGCCCCCGGAAACCAGGGUUCAAAACCAGGGUAUAUGGAGGACAAGCUCUUUACUAUGGAUCACCGUGAGAGGGGGUACUUCUCGCCGGAGAUUCGACGUACUGUUGGUGAUGGAGAAGGUGUUUAUGGGGAGGGUCUUGCCUCUCCAAGGCGAGGCGGGGCUCGGAACUGGAAUGGGAGUGGGGCCGCCUCCACACCGAGUAGUGGGGAGGAGGAGGAGGAGGAGGAAGAGGAAGAUGACGAUGAGGAUGAUGAAGAGGGUGAUGGUGAAGUGCUGGGUUUGGUAGGGAUUGGUGGUAAGAAUAGUCAUAGUAGUGCUUGUGGGGGGAGUAGUAGUGGUAUUGAGGAUAAAAUUGGAGGUGGAAAUUCCAAGGAUCAUGCUUUAUUUGGUUCAUCAACUAGGAAAGUGAUGAUCAAGGAUGGGGGUAUUUUGAAACCAGGGGGUGACGCAAAUAGAGUCAGUACAAGUGAGAAUGACCAGCAUGGAAGAGUUGGACACUUUCAAAAAAUGGUUACAGUUGCAGAACAUGAUGGUGAUAUGUAUUAUAUGCAGCUGUUGCAAGGAACAGAAGGAUCAAAUCAAGCUCAGAAGGAUAUAGCUGGGGACAAUGGUUGUGGGUUUAAUGGAAGGAGGGACAGCCCUGCUACUAGUGAUCCAGGAGAGUCACUCAGAGCAAUUUUCUCUGAUCCAAUUACGGGUGCCUUAAUGGAUGAUGCAAUGAUAUUACCUUGUGGACACUCCUUUGGAGAUGGUGGAAUUCAGCAGGUUAUCAAAAUGAAAGCUUGCUGUACCUGCUCACAUCCUGUUACUGAAGAGUCUGCGGCACCAAAUCUCUCUCUUCGGAUUGCUGUUCAAGCUUUUCGUCGUGAAGAAGAUUUACAAAUGUACAAAGCUUCCAAAAGGAGAAGAGAGAGGUUUGAACAGGACAAGGGUAAUAAUUAUGGUGAUUCAUCUUUCUUAGAUUCACCUAGAGGAAGAGGUGUACAGUUUCCAUUCGUUGUGACCGACCGAGUCAUCAUAAAGGGAAAUAAGAGGACACCAGAGCGCUUUGUGGGCCGUGAGGCGAUUGUUACUACACAGUGCUUGAAUGGAUGGUAUGUGGUGAAGACGGUGGACAAUGCAGAGAGUGUAAAACUUCAAUAUCGAUCACUGGAAAAGGUUUCAGACAAGCACAAGCCUUCCUCGAAGCCAAUAUCAGAAAAGGUAACGCCAAACUGGCUCUAGUGUAGUACGUUCCAACAAAAAAACACUUUUGACAUAUUACAUAUCACAUAUGACAUGCUUCUUUUGCGUCAUUUGGGGUUUAAGAGUUGUAGAUCGGCCUUGUAAAUACAGGGAGAGAGCCUUUUGAGUUAUCAUUCGAGGAUAGGACAGGAACUUUGCUAGGGCUGGGAGUUAUGUGUGUUUGUAGUACUCCUCAGUCCUCGCGUUUCAUUGUAUGUUGCUGACUGUAUAAUAUAAUCCAAUUUAUAUAUAUAAAAAACUACGGAGUAUAAAAUAUGGUA